ACGGCACAGAAAGUCAGCAGUACAACAGCCGCAAAACACAACGAAUACCCUAAAAAACACUUUAUAUCUGGAUAUAUUCUCAUAUUUAAGUGAGUAAAGGUUUAUUUCUUGCUGCAGGUCCUGGCUGCAGUCUGAUGGGUUCAUGAUAACAUCACAGCCUCUUCACUACCAUGGCCCUUGUUGAGGAGCAGCCGGAGAAACACUGCUGGGUGUGUUUUGCCACAGAGAAAGACGACUACAGUGCGGAGUGGGUGAGCCCCUGCAGGUGUAAAGGCUGCACGAAAUGGAUCCACCAGUCGUGUCUGCAGCGCUGGCUGGACGAGAAGCAGAAAGGAAACAGCGGAGGAGCCGUCAGCUGUCCUCAGUGUGGCACCGAAUAUCACAUCGUCUUCCCCAAGAUGGGUCCGUUGGUAUAUUUCCUCCAGCAUAUCGACAGAGCUCUGUCUAAGGCGAGUCCCUUUGCCGCCGUUGGGGUUGUGAUCGGGACCGUUUACUGGUCCGCCGUCACAUACGGAGCUGUGACCGUCAUGCAGGUUGUUGGACAUAAGAAGGGUCUGUACGUGAUGGAGCGAGCGGACCCUUUGUUCCUGUUGAUGGGUUUGCCGACCAUCCCUGUGCUGCUGGUUCUGGGCAAGAUGGUCCGCUGGGAGGAUUAUCUUGUGAGGCUGUGGCAGAGAUACUCCUUCAAGCGCAAACUCCCACCAGGUACGAGUCGCUACCUGCCCCGUGUCCCUGCUGACGGACUGACCUCAGGAGAUCACCUCUCUGUGUCACGGACUCUGUGUGGAGCUCUCGUCUUUCCCUCCAUCGCCAGUCUGGUGGGACGGCUGCUGUUUGGACGAGUGUCCUCUAAUCUGCAGCGAACCGUACUGGGAGGCAUCGCUUUUGUGGUGAUGAAGGGAGUGAUGAAGGUGUAUUUCAAGCAGCAGCAAUACAUCAUUCAGGCCAACCGGCAGAUCCUCAACUACCCCGAGAGGAACGGAGACGGACAGAAUGAAGCUGGAGACGAGGACACCGAGGACAGCGGCAACGAAUGAAUGAAUGAAUGAGUUCACCGAGAAAUAAAAACAUCUGUGAGGGGAAUGAUGGAAGGAAGGAAGGAAGGAAGGAAGGAAGGAAGGAAUGAAGCCGGAGAGGAGGGUACAAAACCAUAUAUUUUAUGAUAAAACUCUGCAGAACAUUUAAAUAUGAAACUACUGUAAGAUGAUUGAUUGUGUAGACGAAGAGAAGGAUAAGCGAGUGUGUGGAGUGAUAUGACUUUACUGUUAAAGUGUUCAGACCCCAAACUUUCAGCUAUAACUGUGUACCACUGUAUCACUGGUAAUACUAACCACUAACACAGCAGCAGAUAUAUUAGUCUACAAAAUCUCAGCUUUAAAUUCUCUUUAAACUCUCAGUCACAAAGAUACUUGAAGAUGUUUAUAAAAGAUGAUUUAUUGCCUUAUUUUCUCACAAAGUCAGAAGUCAGUCCAGGUGUGAGCAGGUAUUUAUUUACUGAUAGCAAGUUAAUGGUUGUUUAAUAUUUACACCACUUUUUAAGCCUUAAAUCCAGUUUAUAUGAAGCUCCUUUCAGACAUGCAUGUUCUAAAUGUGAAGGCUAAUUUUACACAUCGGUCUCAAGUCUGAAUUAAAGGCUUGAGUCACAUUUAUAUUAAAGUUAAAGUUGCAAUCUUACAAACUCAGACUGUGUAUAUAUUUCUUUAAACAAUAUUUUUUGGCAUUUUCUGUAAAUGCACAUAGAACAUUAGCAUAGAAAAUCACCCGUUUUUAUCAGCAGCAGAAGAUGAAACAUACAGAAAAUUAACACACACUUGUUCUUCUUAUUAAUUAAGCAUAAUAAAUCACUCAUUCACCAUCUUUUAUGCACGAAAAGAAACAGAAGACAUGUUAAAUUGCCCAAUUUAAAGAAUUUAAAGUCUAUUGAAAUGAUUAUUUCCUUCUAUGUUGAGGGGACUCAUACAACAAUCUACAUUAAGUAGUUUCUUUUCCUUCAGUGUUAUUAUUAAAACAGUUAAAUUCAUGGUUUCUACAUCCAUGAGUCCUCCACACAGACCUCUGAGCACACCUGGAUUAUAGUAAGUAUAGAAGUUUGUCUACUGUCCUGAUUAAAAUAAAGAUGAUGGAGUAAAAAAAGUGCCACAUCAAACUGAUCCCAAUAAGUGAGAUAUACAGAUUUUAAAUUGGAUAAAAAAGGAGAAUAUUAAGGUCACAUGAGCCUCAGAGGCCUGACAGUAACAGUAACAGAUGGAUGAAGGCAGCAGCGUUGCAUAUCUAUGUCUGAAAGGAGCUUUAACGUCUUCCUUUUAAUGUGCCUUAUUUAAAGAAAGUAUACAAAAAAAAACUCGACGGUAUCAUUUAACUGCCUGAUAAACCUCUUUUUCUCCUCCUGUGCUGCUCUGAUUGUUUCUAUCUGGGUAAAUGUUCCUGGAUAUUUUCCUGAUAUUUGAAUAUUUCACACUGACCUUUAGCACCGUUUUUCCCUCCCUGCUGUUCAUUUAAUACUCGUGAACUCGUCUUUUAACUCUUUCUGCUGUACUGUCACCUGUCUGAUCCUUCUGUUUUCAAUGCAACCGACUCACCUUAAAUAACUUUCUAUUGGUCAACACAUCGACCGCUCCUCUGCUCCUCUGUGUGAUAUCGUUUUAAUAGUUUGACCUGAUGAAUCAUAGUCGCUUUUUGCAGAUUUAUGUUGUAGUUUCCUCUCUGGGUAGAAAGUAAAAUACUCUUAGAACUUAACUUAAAAAGAGAGAGAGACUUAAUAAAACAGUAAAAUCACUUCAGAGUUUUAUUGCACAGGUUGAGUUUGUGGUUAUUUGGUGGUUGUUGGGUUUUUCUUUUAAUGCACUUCCUCUUGUGGCAAAGCUGAAACAGAGUUGUUUAACCUUGAGAUCCAUGUGGUCACUGGACAUUUAUUAAAGCGCUGAUAUGUUCAUAUUUAUUUGGAAUAUGUGAAGUAAAAGAAUAAAGUUUAAGAUUUUGCUCUUGAAAAUUGAGAAAGAAAUUGAUGUCCUUCUUAAAUUUACCUCAAUUUACACAAAAAUGUCCCAUAAUCCUGCCCUCUUUGGAUUAUUAAACAUGCUCUGAAACUUUAAUUGCACACUUUCCCUCCAGUCGUGUAUGUGUAUGUUUAAAAGGAGCUCUUAUUUUAUGUCUUAGUGAUUGAAUUGUUUAAUAAAGCUCUUUGUAAAACUCAAA